CUCACAAACACGCGAGAGCACCUGGGAGCAGGCCAGAGCAUACAGGAAGAAUGUAGGCGGGGCCUGAGAGAGAGAGAGAGAGAGAGAGAGAGAGAGAGAGAGUUAGAGAGAGAGAGUUAGAGAGAGAGUUGUUAGCAGGUCACUAAAGCAGGAGUUACAUUUCUGUUACUGUAUUGUCAUUUAUUUUCUGAAGGAUUUGCUUGGAUUUUGAACAAGUGCACUGCAUUCUGGGAUUAAAUAAUGUGUGAAUUUUCCUCUGGUGGACUCUGAGGUCAAGUUUAUAAUCCUAGUGAACUUGGAGAACAGCAGGUGUGAAGACAAGAAACUCAAAAAGGAAGGAAAGGCAAGAUGGAUCUGAAGGGGGUUCUGGUUUCAGCUGUAUUUGGGCUUCUUUGCUUCACCAUUACUGAGUCAGACGCUGCGACUGAGGGGAAUGAAUGCACUAAAGCUGCAGCUCUCUCCUGUGGGGACUGCAUUCAAGUUGGACAGCAGUGUGGAUGGUGUUCCAGUCCAGAGUACAAGUCUUCACGCUGUGACGAGAUCCAGGCUCUGCAGGAUAAGGGCUGUCCGAGCAUCAGCCUGGAGAACCCUCGAGGCAACGUUACCAUCAACGAGGACAGACCCGUCACCAACCGCAGGAAAGACAUAGCAGAGAAACUGAAGUCCGACCAGAUCACUCAGAUCCAGCCUCAGAAACUCACACUCAACCUGAGAGCAGGUGAGCCUCAGAAGUUUUCUCUGAAGUUUAAGAGGGCGGAGGAUUACCCCAUUGACCUGUACUACCUGAUGGACCUCAGUGACUCCAUGACCCAGGAUCUGCAGAACGUGAAAAACCUUGGAACUGAUCUCGCCCGAGAAAUGCAGGAUCUCACCUCAGACCUGAAACUCGGGUUUGGUUCAUUUCUGGAGAAGCUGGUGAUGCCCUUUGUGAUGACCACCCCUAAAAAGCUGGAGAACCCGUGCGCCCCGCUCUCCUGCGCACCACCCUUCAGCUACCGCAACGUCCUGAGCCUCACCAGCAACGGCCAAGAGUUCACCGACGCCGUCAGCCGCCAGAAAACCUCAGGGAACCUGGACUCUCCUGAGGGGGGCUUCGAUGCCAUCAUGCAGGCUGUUGUUUGUAAGGACAUUGGCUGGAGGAAUGCAACAAGGCUUCUGGUGUUCUCCACAGACGCAGCGUUUCACUUCGCUGGAGAUGGAAAGCUAGCUGGCCUUGUGCUUCCUAAUGAUGGGAAAUGCUACUUGGAGAAAAACAUGUACACUAAGAGUGCUUAUUUUGAUUACCCCACCAUCUCCCAGCUGGCAGAUACUCUGAGUGAACACAACAUUCAGACCAUAUUUGCUGUGAAUGAAACAGUCUACCCAUUGUAUAAGGAGCUGUCGGAUCUCAUUCCCAAAUCAGCAGUAGGAACUCUGUCUGGAAAGUCCUCCAAUGUCAUAAAGCUCAUCAUCGAUGCCUACAAUUCUCUGUCAUCUGAGGUGAUCCUGGAGAACAGCAAGCUGCCUGAUGGUGUUUCCAUUUCAUUUGUGUCCCGCUGCAAGAACGGAGUCACCGGGACAGGAGACAAUGGGAGAAAGUGCUCCAACAUCUCUAUUGGUGAUGAGAUCAAUUUUGAUGUAACGAUCACAACUAAAGGCUGCCCAUCUAAAGGAAAAUCAGAGACGCUACACAUCAAGCCGCUGAGCUACAACGAAGAGGUGGCGGUGGUGCUUAACUACAUGUGUGAGUGCGAAUGCCACAAAGACGCGAUCCCUAACAGUCCAGAGUGCCACUCUGGUAAUGGAACACUGGAGUGUGGGAUAUGCAGGUGUAACGCAGGUCGGAUCGGCAGGUUGUGUGAGUGCAGCAGAGAAGAGGUCAGAACAGAGGAUCUGGACGCUAACUGUCGCCCGGGCAGCAAUAAAGAGAUUUGCAGUAAUAACGGAGAGUGUGUCUGCGGAGUUUGCGAGUGCAAAACCAGAGACAACCCAGAGGAGAAGUACGAGGGGAAGUUCUGCGAGUGCGACAACUUUAGCUGUGAUCGUUCUGGUGGCAAGCUCUGUGCAGGUAAUGGUCAGUGUGUUUGCGGUACAUGUAUCUGUCAUACCAACUACACGGGCAGUGCAUGUGAAUGUACUACAGACCCACAGCCCUGCAUGGCCAAAAACAAGCAGCUCUGUAACGGCCGCGGGACCUGCAGGUGCGGGGUGUGCUCAUGCAAUGACCCAAAGUACCAGGGUCCCACCUGCGAGCUGUGCCCCUCCUGUGGUGGAGUCUGUGGUGAGCACAAAGAGUGCAUUAAGUGUCUGAUGCAGGAGACCGGCGGAGCUCAGAGCUGCCCGAAGGAAUGCUACUUCUUCAGUCUGAGGAAGGUGAAGAAAAUCGAGGAUCUUCCACCACUGACUAAUGAAGAGUUCAGUCGCUGUAAAGAACAGGACAAUAACGACUGCUUCAUCCACUUCAGCUACGCAACCAAUGCUACUGGGGCUUACAUGGUGAUGGUGGAUACACCAGAGUGCACCUCUGGUCCUGAGCUCAUUCCUAUUGUGGGGGGUGUGAUUGGAGGCACCGUUCUGAUUGGUCUGGCCCUGCUCCUCAUCUGGAAGCUUCUCAUGAUCAUUCACGACCGCAGAGAGUUCGCAAAGUUCGAGAAAGAGAAGAUGAACGCCAAGUGGGACACGACGCAGAACCCGAUCUACAGAAGCGCAGUUACAACGGUUGUCAACCCCAAAUAUGAGGGCAAAUGAUGGAAUCACAAUGUGUUUUAAAUAGAAACAUAUUUUGAAUAACAUGUUUUACAUAUUUUGAAUAGUGACAAAAGAUAAAUGUAUAUUUGCUUUUUUAAAUGUUAUUUUAAAUCUUGUUUUAUUUGCUGUUUUGAUACUGCAUUUGCAAAAUAUUCAAAUAUUCAAAAAUAAAAAUGUCAAAAUACACUAA